AUGGAGGACACUUUGGAGAGUCCGGAGCCGCUGACCCCGAGCUCCCGGAGGAGCUUCAGCUUCUCAUCUCUGAGAAUCAAAAAGAGGCGCCACAGUGAAGAGGACAGCUUCAGGCGCAGAGGCCUCCGGUCCUUCUCCUCUGUCCCCAACCGCAGGAGAGAACCCUCUCCUCACAGCCCGCGGGACAAAGGUGAGCCGCCCAGAGGAGCUCUCGUCCCUGACUCCAGCAGAGCUGGUCCCUGUGCUUCAGGAGAAGAUGGAGGUCGACAAGGAGCUUUCAAGAGAGUCAGUGCCAUGCUCUCAUCUUUCAGGAACAAAGGGAAGAAAGAACGGGCCAAGUCUCCGGAGCCUGUGGACCCGCGGGGGCCCCUGGAGGGCCCCUCUCAGCAGCAGCAGAGAUAUGGCAGUGGACAGUACUUCUUCGAGUAUCUGGUGGUGGUCAGUCUGAAGAGGACCAGCGAAGACCAGCAGUACCAGCCACACAUCUCCUACCAGUUCCCCAAGAGAGACGGGAUGGGCCGUGUGCAGAGAGAGGACGAGGAGAAGGUCCUGAAGGCCAUCACUCUGUUCUGUUUCCCAGAAGGCAUCAGCUGGAAGCCUCUGACCGAGUAUCGCAGUGAGACCUUCUCGUUCGUUCUGACGGAGGUCGACGGGAGCAGAAGGAACGGCUACUGCAGACGUCUGCUGCCCGGUGGUAAAGGAGCUCGUCCUCCUGAAGCCUACUGCAUCAUCAGUCGCCUCGCCUGCUUUGGACUCUUCUCCAAGAUCUUUGAUGAGGUGGAGAGGCGGAGGCUGGUCUCCAUGGCGAUGAUCUAUCCUUUCAUGCAGAAGCUUCGCGAGGCCUCGUUCCCAUCUCCAGGAAACACUGUGGAGAUCACCAGCUUCAUCCCAGGGGCCGGGACCGAGAUCAUCCGUCUCACUCGUCCUCUGGAUUCCUGGUUAGAACAUGUGAACUUCAGCGUCCUGUUCCAGUCUCUGAGCGACGAGGAGGUUCUGCUGGUCUUCUCCGCCGCCGUCCUGGAGAGACGCAUCAUCUUCAUGGCCGACGAGCUCAGCACCCUGUCCCAGGCCCUCCACGCCGUGGCCGCUCUGCUCUACCCGUUCACGUGGCAACACACCUUCAUCUCCAUCGUGCCCCGUAUCCUCAUGGACGUGGUCUCUGCCCCCACCCCCUAUCUGCUGGGGGUGCAGAGGAGCCUGCUGGGGGAGCUCUACGACACUGUGGAUCUCCUCGUGGUCGAUCUGUCGGAGAACAAGAAGGAGACGUUUCCCUUCUCUAUCGGAGACGAAAAGUCCAUUUUACCUCAUAAAAUUCAGGCUGAAAUCCUGGAAUCUUUACGAGGACGGAAAGACGCCUUAACGGGUGAGGAGCUGAACCGUCUGGUCUCUGAGACCUUCCUCCACUUCUUUGUGAAGACUCUGGGACACUACGGCGCUUAUGUACAAUACGGAGCCAAAGGAGACCGAGGGACCAAAGGAGACCGAGGGGCCCCUGGUGUGUUCGACAAGAGGGGCUUCUACAAGGCCAUCGACUCCAAAAGCACACGGCACUUUGUGAAGAAGUUCAUCCAGACCCAGAUGUUUGACCUGUUUAUCCAAGAAGUGGAACAGCAGCAGCCUGGUCCUCAGCAAGGAGUGUUCCACAGAAAGAUCCUGGAGUUCAAUGAGAAACGAAAACGGGACAAGGCCAGAAAACACUAG